CGCCGAGCUCCUCUUCCCCGCGUCGGGCUGGGCAGGACCCCGGCGGUUCCUUCCCCCCACCGCUCCUUCCCCAUCGUUAUUUGGCCACCGUGGGUUACCAGGCUGGUUUUUGCCCAGCGAGGCCAUUCUCCCGAUGGGAAGCUCCCCCAUCCCACGCCCACGCAGCCCUCCAUCCAUGCCCACGCAGCACCCACUCUACACGCCCCAUCCACGCACCCCCCCAACAUCCCCGUUCCCCGGUAGCCCUGGCACGGCCCGUGCCGUGGGUGCUUCCCACGUCCCCAGAGCGGCGUGUCCCUGCUGGCAGGCCUCCCCUGCCGUGGGGAUGGAUGCGUGGGGAUGGAUGCGUGUGCACGCGCUUCCCACGCCCCAGGCCUCCCGUGACGUCCCGGCUUCCUCCGCCGGCCUUGCGUCACCGCGGGAGGAUGUUGCUGGGCUCGGGGAACGGGGCCCUGGAGCCGGCCGGGCCGCCUCGAGUGGCCGGAGCAAUCCCUGCCUGUCCCCUCCUUUGUCCUCUUCCCCACCCGCGGCCGCCGGGCUUCCCUCGGGAUGGGGAUGUGGAGCCCUGGAGCGGGACUGCUGGGCUCCCUCUGCCCCCUCGGGCUGUCACAUUGGCCACGUUGGUGACACUGGGGACUGCAGAGCCAAGGCGAAGGGUCCCGUUCUCCUUCCAAAAUGGUUGGUUGGCUGGUUGGUUUUCUCUCCUUUAGAAACCCUUCGUUUCUGCAGGGAGGUUUAGGAGGGUUGGGAUGGAGAUGCCCGAGUUCUGAAAACCUCCAUGGAAGAGCCCCUCCUGCAGCCUGCGCUGGUGCUCAGCAAAUGCAGAGCUACCAGGUUUUUAACUCCUGGGAGCAGCACUGCUCUCUCCAGGGUGUGAUAAAAUCCCAAGGAAUGGGGAGUGUCCUUGGCCCUCUGUCCCUGCAGGUGCCUGAGAUUUGAGUUUCCUCUGUGUCAUGGGGAGGGCAAAGCUUCUGGAAACAGGGUUUUUGGAGAUCCUGCAGUGGCAGGGACGGCUGGUUUGCAGCGAGAGAGGGAUCUGAGAUGUUUGGUUUGUUUGGAGAAGGUGAAAGGUGUUUGCAAUAAUGGCCCCAGAUUUGGGUCAUCAGCUUGGAGUGGGGAAGGCUGGUUUUCAUGCUGCCCUUGGAGGCUUGGAAACCAAAAUAACGGGAGUUUCCUUCUUCUCAUGGGUAAGUGGUGGCUUGGGCUGGAACAUGCCCUUCCUGCCACCCUUUCAUCCUUCUUGAGACCAUCAAGAUUUCCUCCGCUCUCCUGUGUUACCAACAGCAAGCCGGAGGAAAUUCACCCUUCUCCUCUUAGGCCGGCCUUGGGACAUCUCUUCUACUGGCUCCCUGCAUUCCCUCCCUAGCCUAUCCCCGAGGAGCCAAACCAAUUUUCCUUGAAGCUUUUCAGCCCAGCUGCAAUUUUCACAGACUUAUUCCCCACUUCCCCACGCUGAAGAAGGAGGGUAGGUUUGCUGCCUGGGGGAGGAGGGCUGGAAGAACCCCUGGAUUCCGGCAGCGAUGGCUUUGUCACCACCCUGCUCCAGCAGAGCGGGGAUGUGGAUGACGCCAGCACUCCAAAGACCAGCAUUGUUCCCAACACCCGGCCACGGACAAUUCCACUGCCAGUGCUGCCCAAACAGGACUUGGUGCUGCAGCUCUGGGUCACAGGCUUUGUUUUUGACACGUGGAGCAAUCCCUGCUCUGCUGGGAUUGAUGUGUGUGUAAAUCCAUUUGGGAUCAGGGCUGGGAAUGAUGAUGAGACCCAGUGGAGCGCACCAAAGGGGCAGAGCUGUGGCUGGCAUUGAUGCUCAGCUCCGUAACGCCUGGCUCCCUGCUGUUGAAUGGCGGCACUGGCAACCAAGCAGUUCCUGGAGGAGAUCAACAAGUGGACAGGCCAGUACAAUGUGUCCCCUCUGUCCUGGAAUGUGGCUGUCAAGUUCCUCAUGGCCCGCAAGUUCGACGUCCUGCGGGCCAUCGAGCUCUUCCACUCCUACCGGGAGACACGGCUGAAGGAGGGAAUUGUGAAGCUGAAGCCACACGAGGAGCCGCUGCGCUCGGAGCUGCUCAGCGGGAAGUUCACCAUUCUGAGCGUGCGGGACCCCUCGGGAGCCUCCAUCGCCCUGUUCACAGCCAAGCUGCACCACCCCAGCAAGAGCGUGCAGCACGUGGUACUCCAGGCGCUCUUCUACCUGCUGGACCGAGCUGUGGAGAGCUUUGAGACGCAGAGGAAUGGGCUGGUGUUCAUCUAUGACAUGGCAGGGUCACAGUACACCAACUUCGAGCUGGACCUCAGCAAGAAGAUCCUCAAUCUGCUCAAGGGUGCCUUCCCAGCCCGGCUCAAGAAGGUUUUCAUCGUGGGAGCGCCCAUGUGGUUCCGCGUGCCCUACUCCAUCAUCAGCUUGCUGCUGAAGGAGAAGCUGCGGGAGCGGGUGCAGAUGGUGAAGAUGUCAGAGCUGAAGGAACACCUGCCCCGAGAAUGCCUCCCUGAGUACCUCGGAGGGUCUCUCAAACUGGACCCCCUGAGCUGGAAUUGCCGCUUCCUGCCCCAGCAGAACGGGCACCCCGACCCCCUGGAUGAGCUCAUCCUGGUGCCGCUGGCGGCCCCCAAAGAUAACGGCUCCGUCCACGUCCCUGGGCCCAGGUCCAUCACCCUCCAGGAGCUGCUGGAUCACGUCAGCCACAAGCAGAAACGUGGCAUCUACGAGGAGUAUGAAGACAUUCGGCGCAGGAGCCCGGCCGGCACCUUCGUCUGCUCUUUGGCACCCUACAACCAGGACAAGAACCGGUACGGGGAUGUGCCCUGCCUGGACCAAACCCGUGUCAAGCUGGCGAAGCCAUACAGCCGCCCAGAGCUGACUGACUACAUCAACGCGAGCUUCAUGGAUGGCUACAAGCAGAGGAAUGCUUACAUUGGCACUCAGGGGCCUCUGGAAAACACCUACGGUGACUUCUGGCGCAUGGUGUGGGAGCAGAACGUGCUGGUGAUCGUGAUGACAACCCGGCUGGAGGAAGGAGGCAGGAGGAAGUGCGGCCAGUACUGGCCCCUGGAAAAGGAUUUCCAGGUGUGCUUUGGAGCCCUGACCAUCACCAACCUGGGUGUAGAGAACCUCAACCAUUACAAGAAAACCAUCCUGGAGAUCCACAGCUCAGAGACCAGGGAGCGGCGCCUGGUGUCCCACUUCCAGUACCUGAGCUGGCCAGAUUACGGUGUCCCCUCUUCUGCCGCCACUCUCAUUGACUUUUUGGGGGCCGUGAAGCAGCAGCAGAGAGUGGCAGUCAGCGCCCUGGGACCUCGCUUCAAGGGUCACCCUGGGGGACCCCCAGUCGUGGUGCACUGCAGCGCUGGCAUUGGCAGGACAGGUACCUUCUGCGCUCUGGACAUCUGCCUGUCACAGCUGCAGGACGUGGGCACCCUGAACAUCUACCAGACGGUGCUGCGCAUGCGGACCCAGCGCGCCUUCAGCAUCCAGACCCCUGAGCAGUAUUACUUCUGCUACAGCGCCGUCCUCGAGCACGCCCAGCGCGAGGGCCUGCUGCUCGCCAACCACAGCCGGGCCGCCCAGGAGAAGAGCUCGCCAGGGCACUGAGACCCUGCUCGUCCUCGGGGGCUGCCUGGUGCCCGCCAGGACUCAGCAGAGCCGUGGGGGCGGCGGUGCCGGAGCACCUCAGCUGUCAGCACUGCUAUGGAACUGUGCCUUAUUCAACCCAAACGGUGGCUGCCGCUUGCCGGCACGGGAAGGGGGGCUCUCGCUCCUCCCCGUCGUGUUUUGGUUGGGUUUGGUUGGUUGGGGGAGGUGGUUUGUCUUCUCUUUGAGUUGUUGGGAUUUUUUUUGUUUUGGUUUUUUUGUUCUUUUUGUUGUUGGGACCACCUAAGAAGUACCUAGAGAGGGGCUUGGCAAAGUCCUAGGAAAUGUAUUCCCAGUCUCGGGCUGAGGAAGAGGCGCGUGCUUCAGUCUCACCUGAUGCUCCAUCUGUGUGUCUGUAUGUAUGUGUGUAUAUAAUAUACCCCCGCUGUGAACCCCUGGCUAUUAUAUAGAUACAUAUAUACAACCUGCCCUUUAGCAGCUCCCAGGGGUCCCUGCUGUCCUGCCAGCUCACUGCUGUGACCUCCCGAGCGGUGAGUUUGGUCCUGGCUCUGUCUUGUCUUCCCCCUUGCCUUUAUUUCCCCUCGUGGGCAGCACUGGGACCCGGUACCCACUCCUGUGCCCGUCCCGCUGGAGGCACAGGGAUACCCGAUGGUGUCCCCUUUGUUUGUUUGUCUCAUCUUCCCCACGGAGAGAGAUAGCAGCUGUGCUCCUGGGAGGGUCUGGAUUGGGUUGUGGGGGGGUGCUGAGCUCACAGGCGUCCCCUGCCCCUUGGGCACUGCUGUGGGAGUCACUAGGUACGAGGUGACGGGGCCCUGGGGACCGACCGGCUCUCCAGGUUGCCCGGCUUUCCCAAGCUGCCACUGGGAACCCGCAGGCCCAGCCCUGCAUUGAGUCAUGGGCUGGGAAAGCGCUGAGCAAGAAUAAACCCCAAACCCUGGAGAGGCAACGAGCCUCUGCCCUGGCCCCCACCACUGCCUGGGCCUCCCCAACUUUAUACUGUAAUAAGCUCUUUGAAUGUGUAUAUUCUUAUUUUUUUAUAAUCUUGGGGAGGGGUCUGGGAGGUUUGGGAGGUUUUAUUUUGUUUUCUUUUGGGGUUUUUUUGGUGUUUGGUUUUUUUUUUGGGGGGGGGGGCGUUUUUUUUGGGGUUUUUUUUGGUUUUUUUAUUUAACAUUAACUUGAUCCAAGCCAGAGCCAGAAGUAUUUGUAAAUGUUCCUAUUUUGCUCUCAGAGAAGCCUUUUUGUUGUUGUUACUUUUUUGGGAGUUGUUUUGUUUUUUAUUUGUAUUGAUAUAUAAAUAUACCACCAGUGACCAGUC